AUCAGUUGGCGGCUCUCUGUAAUAUUUAUUUGCCAGCGUACAGAGAGUGGCUGUGUGUGAGUGUGUAUAAAAAAGCACGGCUGCUGCUGCUGUCUUCUCGGUGCUGCUGUACAAGUCGAGAGGAGGUCACAGGCUCGGAAAGUGAAGGCUGCUGAAUAACAGUGAACUAUGGAUACCUGACUGUGCCACUGAGGAGCAAGAGAAAGUAUGAAGAUUCGUCCAUAGAGCACGACAGCGAAGGGACAGAGACGGGGGGAGGGUGGGGGGUGGGUAGGGUGUGUGUGUGUGAGAGAGAGAGAGAGGGCUUCAGAGAUUGAUGCUGGGACGAAAUUAAACGAGAGAGGUCUUGUAAAUAUAUUGCUCUCUCUAUAUAUAUACAUAUAUACAGACACAGAGGAGCAAGAUUCGGUGCCUUUGCUCUGCGCCUACCUCUCAAGCCAAGUUGGAUAUCGUUGUCCAGUGAGCGGACGAUCGCAACAAAGUGUGUGUUUUUUUGGGGGGGGCGGGCGUGGGCGGGUGGUUGCAAUUUGGAAGCAAGCUGAAAGAGUUGCGAAGCUUUCUAACAUCCACACUAUGGAAGGAAAUGAUGCGAGUAACCACCGUGGAGCCAACCAGGAGUCGAGCGACGCGUCGAACCGUGCGAUCAUCCUGCCCCUCCUGCAGGGACCCGGUCAUCAGCUCCCCCACCGCAUCACCAACUUCUUCAUCGACAAUAUCCUCCGGCCGGACUUUGGUAAGAGGAAAGACGGCUACCGGGAACCCGGUCAUAUCCCCGGGAGGGAGAACGUCAGUCCGUCCGGACAGAGCGGGGGCAGUCCUCCUGGGCCAGGAGGAGGAGGUGGUGGUAGUGCCGGCAGCGGGGUCGGUGCAGGGGCUCCGAGCAGCCCUUCCGGCCCGGAAAAGAAACGCGAUGUGUCGGCUGAGGGAACGUUGAGGAACGGAGAGAGCGCCGAGCAGUCCCAGAACUCAGAUUCGGACAGUUCCCAGAGCAGCAGCAACGCGGUCUCGCAGCCCAUGUUAUGGCCUGCAUGGGUUUACUGCACUAGAUACUCCGACAGGCCUUCUUCAGGAUAUUUCCUGACUGCACGUUCAGGUCCCAGGUCACGAAAACCAAAGAAGAAGAAUCUUAAUAAAGAGGACAAGCGACCGAGGACAGCGUUCACUGCGGAGCAGUUACAGAGACUGAAAGCCGAGUUUCAGACUAACCGCUACCUAACCGAACAGCGCCGGCAGAGCUUGGCUCAUGAACUCAGUCUCAACGAAUCCCAAAUUAAAAUCUGGUUUCAGAACAAGCGAGCCAAAAUCAAGAAAGCUAGCGGAUCAAAGAACACCUUGGCACUCCACUUAAUGGCGCAAGGUCUAUACAACCACUCCAGCACGGGGAAAGAGCACAAGGAAGAGAGUGAAUAGCACAGAGCGGACAACAGAAGUUAAAAGAAAAACUACAAUGCAAUAAUAUAAAUCGAAAUAAGGGCCAGUGUUACUAAGAGAGAAAAAAAUAUACCAGCAUAGUUUUUAAAACAAAAAAAAGUUAAAUUGUAUGAGAUAUUAUUCCGCAAUAUUGUGUAUAUAAUUCAGGUAAGGCGAUGUAAAAAGAAACUGAAAUAUUUCAAUAUAUGAUGAGAUUUUUGUUUCUGGGAUCUCAGAAGCAGUGGAUGCUGUUGGCUGCAAAUUUCUAUUCGGCGCCGACUGGAUGUUGCAGGCGCUCGGUGAACUGUCUGGUGUGAAAUUUAAACCCACCUGCUAAAGUCCAAAGAAUUUUCCUGCCGUUGUUGUUUUACAGAAAAGAAAAUGUUAAAUUAAAUAAAUAUCAAAUGUUUGAUUCUACUAACGAGGUUUACAGCUUUUU